CUCUUUAUCCGGCGGGAAGCCGGCGGAAUUUUGGAGUUGCGGCUGGAGCAGCGGUGCCGGAGGCGGACGAACGACGACGACGACGACGAGGGGACAGCGGGGAGAGAGAGCGAGCAGCCGCUGAAGGAGCACGGUGGUGGCGGCCGGGCGCUGCCGUCGCUCCGCACCUGCCGGGCCGCGCUGAGCCCCGCUCCUCGCCGCCUGCCGCGUGGUCCGCACGCCGCCGCCCCGCACCAUGGGCAAGGGGGCUGGAAGAGACAAGUAUGAGCCUACUGCUACAUCCGAACAUGGCGCAAAGAAGAAAAAGGGGGCAAAGGUGGAGAGGGACAUGGAUGAGCUUAAAAAGGAAGUCUCAAUGGAUGACCACAAGCUCAGCCUUGAUGAACUUCAUCGUAAAUACGGAACAGACUUGAGUCGGGGUUUGACUACUGCGCGUGCAGCUGAGAUUUUGGCUCGAGAUGGCCCAAAUACCCUCACGCCCCCACCCACCACUCCUGAAUGGGUGAAGUUCUGUCGGCAGCUCUUUGGAGGAUUCUCACUCCUGUUGUGGAUUGGUGCUAUUCUGUGUUUUCUGGCUUACGGCAUACAAAGUGUGAUGGAGGAGGAGCCCAACAAAGAUAACCUGUACCUAGGUAUUGUGUUGGCAGCUGUGGUUAUCAUUACUGGCUGUUUCUCAUAUUACCAAGAAGCAAAAAGUUCCAAGAUCAUGGAGUCCUUCAAGAACAUGGUGCCUCAGCAAGCUCUUGUAGUCAGAAAUGGUGAGAAGAUGAGCAUAAAUGCUGAAGGUGUUGUAGUUGGAGAUCUAGUGGAGGUGAAAGGAGGAGACAGAAUUCCAGCUGACCUUCGGAUCAUAUCUGCACAUGGUUGCAAGGUGGAUAACUCCUCACUGACUGGCGAGUCAGAGCCUCAGACCAGGUCUCCAGAUUUCUCCAAUGAGAACCCACUGGAAACCAGGAACAUUGCCUUCUUUUCCACCAACUGUGUGGAAGGCACUGCCCGUGGCAUCGUUAUCAGGACUGGGGACCGCACUGUGAUGGGCCGCAUUGCCAGUCUGGCAUCUGGACUGGAAGGGGGAAAGACUCCCAUUGCCAUGGAGAUUGAGCACUUCAUCCACCUCAUCACUGGCGUGGCUGUGUUCCUGGGUGUCAGCUUCUUCAUCCUCUCGCUUAUCCUUGAAUACACGUGGCUGGAGGCUGUAAUCUUCCUUAUAGGAAUCAUUGUUGCCAAUGUUCCUGAGGGACUGCUUGCAACAGUCACGGUAUGUCUGACACUAACAGCCAAGCGUAUGGCUCGCAAGAACUGCUUGGUGAAGAACCUGGAAGCUGUGGAAACUCUGGGAUCCACGUCCACCAUCUGCUCUGACAAAACAGGCACUCUGACACAGAAUCGCAUGACAGUUGCGCACAUGUGGUUUGACAAUCAGAUCCAUGAGGCUGACACCACAGAGAACCAGAGUGGUGCUUCCUUUGACAAGAGUUCAGCUACUUGGACUGCUUUGUCCAGAGUUGCAGGUCUCUGCAACCGUGCUGUGUUCCAGGCCAAUCAGGAAAAUGUACCAAUUCUGAAGAGAGCAGUGGCAGGAGAUGCCUCUGAAUCAGCACUUCUGAAAUGCAUUGAAUUGUGCUGCGGUUCUGUCAAGGAGAUGAGGGAGAGGUAUCCCAAAGUGGUGGAAAUACCUUUUAAUUCUACCAAUAAGUACCAGCUGUCUAUCCACAAGAAUGCAAAUCCUUCAGAAUCCCGUUACUUGCUGGUGAUGAAGGGCGCUCCAGAGAGGAUCUUGGAUCGAUGCAGCUCCAUUCUUCUUCAUGGCAAAGAGCAACCACUGGAUGAGGAAAUGAAAGAUGCUUUUCAGAAUGCCUACCUUGAGCUGGGAGGCCUUGGGGAGAGAGUGUUGGGAUUCUGUCACUUGGCUCUGCCUGAUGACCAAUUCCCCGAAGGCUUCCAGUUUGACACGGAUGAAGUGAACUUUCCUGUGGACAAACUCUGCUUUGUAGGAUUGAUGUCUAUGAUUGACCCUCCUCGUGCUGCUGUGCCAGAUGCUGUUGGCAAAUGCAGAAGCGCUGGGAUUAAGGUUAUCAUGGUUACUGGAGACCAUCCGAUCACAGCCAAAGCCAUUGCCAAGGGUGUCGGCAUCAUCUCUGAGGGCAAUGAAACAGUAGAAGAUAUUGCUGCUCGACUCAACAUUCCUGUCAGCCAAGUAAACCCUAGGGAUGCUAAGGCUUGCGUUGUUCAUGGCACGGAUUUGAAAGAUAUGACUAGUGAGCAACUGGAUGACAUCCUAAUGCAUCAUACAGAAAUUGUCUUUGCCAGGACAUCUCCUCAGCAGAAGCUUAUCAUUGUGGAAGGCUGUCAGCGACAGGGUGCCAUUGUAGCAGUCACAGGUGAUGGUGUGAACGAUUCCCCAGCCCUGAAGAAGGCAGACAUCGGUGUUGCUAUGGGUAUUUCAGGCUCAGAUGUCUCCAAGCAGGCAGCUGACAUGAUUCUGCUGGAUGAUAACUUUGCCUCUAUUGUCACUGGCGUUGAAGAAGGGCGUCUGAUCUUCGAUAACCUGAAGAAGUCCAUUGCUUACACCUUGACCAGUAACAUUCCUGAAAUCACACCUUUCCUGAUCUUCAUCGUUGCGAACAUCCCCCUUCCACUGGGAACAGUUACCAUCCUCUGCAUUGACUUGGGCACUGACAUGGUCCCUGCUAUCUCCCUGGCAUACGAACAAGCAGAGAGUGACAUUAUGAAGAGGCAGCCCAGAAAUCCCCAAACAGACAAGCUGGUGAAUGAAAGGCUGAUCAGCAUGGCCUAUGGGCAGAUCGGUAUGAUCCAGGCCCUUGGAGGUUUCUUCACCUAUUUUGUAAUCAUGGCAGAGAAUGGGUUCUGGCCCUCUGGAUUGCUAGGAAUCCGAGUCCAGUGGGAUGACCGAUGGAUUAACGAUGUUGAAGACAGCUACGGACAGCAGUGGACGUAUGAACAGAGGAAGAUAGUGGAGUUCACUUGCCAUACAGCCUUCUUUGUCAGCAUUGUGGUUGUGCAGUGGGCAGACUUGAUCAUUUGUAAGACCCGAAGGAAUUCUGUCUUCCAGCAGGGAAUGAAGAACAAGAUCUUAAUAUUUGGUCUCUUUGAGGAGACUGCUCUGGCUGCUUUCCUUUCCUACUGUCCUGGGAUGGAUGUUGCUCUAAGGAUGUAUCCCCUCAAGCCCACGUGGUGGUUCUGCGCCUUCCCAUACUCCCUCCUUAUAUUCCUCUACGAUGAAAUCAGAAAGCUCAUUAUCAGACGCAACCCUGGUGGUUGGGUGGAAAAAGAGACCUACUACUAAAAAGCGCCUGUAGAACAUUCCAUGCACAGCCCAUGCCACCUCUCCACCAUCUCCCCUGUGUGCAUGUACUUCAUCUUUGCAAGCGCAGAACUGUGCCUGGGCAGGAAUGAGCUGAAACUGAAGGAAGCAUGAAGAAACAUGGACUGGAGGAGGAAGCAAGGGGGAAGAAUGGGGGGAAGUGUCAGACCAUCAGUCCAUGGGGAUGAGAGAUUGAGUAGCUUUAUGUGCCUUUGUUUUUUGUAAAAGGAAACAGAAGAUUUUAUAUGUGGAUUUUUACAAAUAAAGAUGGAUUCUAAGAGGAUGCCCCCAUAUGGUGUUAGGCAGCUGUUUUUCUCAAGGCAAAAACCUGUUCAGGAUGUGGCGCUGACAGCGUAGGUUUCCAGCCUGUGGCUUCCCCUUCUUGUAGCUGGAUUCAACAGCGCCUGCGGUUUAAGAGCCAUGGUGCCUUCCACUGUGUAGUUCAGUGCUGAACAGGACAACCUGCUAGCAAACACUUGCAUUGCAACACCUUAAGCCCAGGAAGCUUCCUGGCCUCUUAACUAUGUAUCUUGGCUGCUUUCUGGAAGAGUCUUCUGCCAUGCAAAUGUAACAUCAGGUGCAGAGAAGAAGUGGCGUCUGCUCUGGCCUCUUUCCACAGGCUGUGACUUGUGGGCUGGGCUCAGAAUGAGAACAGGCUUCCACUGACUGGCACUUGAACCCAAACCCUUGUCUUCCCCCAGCACUGACAGUGUGGUUUUCCUGCUUGCUUUGCCAAGCAAGGGCUCAUGUUUCCUAGCAUCCUUUUUGUAUGCACGCUGAGAGUGUGUGCUGCCCCUAAACCAGUGGCAGCAGGGGGGCAGGCAUUAUGCCUCAGUGGAGUGAGGGUGAUUAAGUCCAUCUUGCAAAGGUUUCCACUUCCCUCUCUUAAUUUAAGCUUGUUCUUGGAGCUCUCUAUGUUGCUUUUUCCAGAGUAGAGUGAGAAUGAGGAAAUCACGUCACACUACCUCAUCUCCAUUUCUUAACACCACCCUUGUCUCAUCACUGAGGGUGGGCAAAAUAGCAGGUGGCAACGCCUCUCCCUUCGGCCACAUCAUGAAUGAUUUAAAUAACUCAUUACUGUUUUAUGGCAAUGCUCGUCUGGGCUCUGAGCUGGCUCCAGGCUCAAGGGGGUCAUGCUGCUUCACUCUGGAUUUCCAGCUGUUUUCUAUGUUAUGAUUUAUGGUUUAAUGUCUGUAUGGUUGACUGUUGAGAGCUCACUGGGAGAGCUGAUGUUUCACAUGUGGACAGUCGUCAUCUCAAAGUCCUAACUUCAUGUUCCUUGUGCUGUUGUUCUUAAGCCCCCUGAAGGUUCUUCAGGCCUUUAGUCCUAUCCCUGAACUGCUAGUCUGUGCACCUCUUGUGUAUGUGUCUGUCUGCAAAGUGUUCCUCUAAACCAUAUUACAGAAAGCAUCUGCAGUUAAAACUCUCA